ACCAUCGGAGGGAUCCAAACUCAGACCGCACACACUUGAAGAUCCAACAUGAGGCUCCUGUUUCUGGCAGCUGCUUUGGGCUGUGUGGGGGUGAGUGUGGGCACGGACUGCAGUCCCUUCGCCAGGCCGUGGCUGGUCUCCCUCUCUUCUGGGCAGACUGGGAUCCUCCUCAAUGAGUGGUGGGUGCUGACCAAAGCCUCCUACUAUGGCGGGUCCCAGAAACUGGUCGCUCGACUCGGGGUAGAUGACCUGACUGGACAGUCAGCCACAGAGCAGAGGAUACCUGUGGCCAUGUGGAUUAACCACGAGCCCUACCGCCGCCGUCGCAAGAGGAGUCCCGUAAAUGACCUGGCGCUGGUGAGGUUGGCAGAGCCGGCACGCUUCACCCCCCAGGUCCAGCCGAUAGCCCUGCCCACUCGAUGCCCACAGACUGGGGAGCAGUGUGUGGUGUCCGGCUGGGGAUCCAGUGGAGGAACCGGGAGCAGAAAGCAACAGUGUCUGGUUCAGCAAGUUCUCAGUGAUUCUGUCUGUAGGCAGCUGAACCCGAUGUACUGGACGAGUAAUGUGUUUUGUACUAAGCCCCACCACAACGCACAAGGCAACUGUUUGAGAGACAGCAGUAGUAUUUUGGUGUGUGGAGGCACGCUGCAGGGUGUGAAAGGCUUUGUAUUCAUAUCUGAGGGAUGCUCCUCAGGGAAGCCCGACACCUUUUCCAGCAUCUGCCGGUACAGGAGCUGGAUCAACACAGUCAUGAGCACCAUGUCUCCUGUGAGGCCACACACCACAACUCCACCCACGACUCCAAAGAUGACCACAUGGAUGUGGCCUCAUGAUUUUGUAUCUUAAAUCAGUGUGUAAACUAGAAGAGCAAGCUUUUAACAACGCCAAAGUCAUGGCUUUCAUACUAAGAGAACACUAGUUAUGCUUAUGAUACAAAUGGAAAAUGUAAAUCUUGAAUUACAAAUGUGAUGGGAAUAAAUAAAUAAUUUUACUUCAGAAA